AAAAUGUAGAGUCUUUUCUUUUAGGCUGUCUAUUUCGUAUCGACACAAUCCAUUUAUGGCCCUCUACUUCCUGUUCUUGACUUUUAGACCACCUAAAGGGAUGAGGAUUCCAUUUGGGUAGCAAGUUCUUCCCCUUUUUUUUUUUCUCUUUUUCCUCUCAGAUUCUGAGGGAACUUACCUUCUUUUGGUGAAUCUUAAUUUGGGUUUUUCUUUUUUUUUUUUUUUCAUUGUCAUCUCUUCUCAUGUUGGUAGAUAGGAAUCCAGAUUUUUGUUUUGGUUGUUUGAACUUGUUUCUUUUGAGGAAGUAAUUUUUAAAGAUUGCUUCUUUUUUCUUUUUUCCCCCAACAUAGUUGCCCACCACUUCAAAAAAAUAUCUUGACCAUUUUUUUUUUUUUUUGCCCUUUUUUUUCCUUCUUUUCUCCAGAACACUUUUUUUUUUUGGUAACUGAUAUUCAGUUGAUGUCCUUUCCGGUUGUUGGGAUUCAUUUGGGUUCUCAUUCGUAGAAUGGUAUACGAGUUUGGAAUGACUGAUCCGGACUCUGAGUAUAGUACAAACCUUAAAAUGCAAGUUCAAAUGUUGUAAUGAAUUAUUAUUUGUUGUCUUUUUCUUUUUGGCCCCUUUGGCAUCUUAAUCUAGUGUUAGGCCGUCCAUUCUGAUCUCUCUUAUUGCUUUUAAGCAACUGGGGGGUCAAAGAAGUAAGGAAUUUGGAGAAUGUUUGGUUCAGGCAUGAAUCUGAUUACUACCAUCAUUGGGUUUGGAAUGAGUGCCACUUUCAUCGUUUUUGUGUGCACACGAUUGAUAUGUGGGAGGAUACGCAGGAUGGAAUCCCGGCAAAUGUUUGAGAUUGGUACCAGAAUGGACUUUGAAUUGCCAGAGCAUCGAAUUACUGGCCUUGAACCCACUGUCGUUGCUGCAAUUCCCACAAUGAAGUUUAGCCAAGAGGCUUUCAGUUCUGCAGAAGACACACAGUGUACAAUAUGCUUAGGCGACUACGAGGACAAAGAAGUAUUGAGAAUAAUGCCCAAAUGUGGUCACAGUUUUCAUUUGACUUGCAUUGAUGUAUGGCUACGGAAACAAUCAACCUGCCCUGUCUGCCGUCUGUCAGUUGAAGAAUCUUUGGAAACAAAGUAUGUUCAACCAGUGAUGCGGAGAACACAAUCUUUUGACACUCCAGAGGUUUCAGUUGAUCAAUCUCAGCAUUCCCAAGUAUUUCUCCUACCUACAAAUCAGCGGUCUGAGGAACAUGGGAUUACUGAAUCCCGUCCUGAUGCUAUUACAAUAGAUAUAGAACCAACUCAACCAAGUGUUUCUGUAGGAGCAGCAUCAUCCGAAGCAAGGUCAUGACAGAAGGGAAGCAAUACUGCUCUCUUUACACUAUCCUUUACUUCAUGCAGGUCAAUCAUACAUUCUUUGUAGUCAAACACCACGAAAAAAGGGAAUCUGAGUUCGAGCCGUAUUGAAUUAUGGAGGAAAUCGAAUAUACAUCAUGUCUGUACAUAUUUUUUUUAGUGUAGAAGCAAUUAGGUUGCGAGUUUUCGAUCUUUUUAAGAGUACCAGAGGGGUUCUAGCCUCGGAAGAUAAUCUUAUACAACUACUAUCAUAUCAUCACAUUUUUGUAUCAAGCGAUACCAGAUAGUAUUACAUUUUGUUCUCCACCAGUAGACAGAUAUAUCAUGAGAAGUAGUUCUAAGAUGCUCCUCAUUUUCUUUAUUGGAUGGAGCUCCGGGCCUCAGGCCACUCUUCAAUUCUCUCUCUACUCCUGCCCCUUUUACCUAACAGGAACAGGGUUAAUUUAUGGUCUUAUUUGAAAUUGGAUGUACAAAUCCACAAUACACAUUGAGAGUACACGUUCAAGGUACAUUAUACCUAAUUUAACACCAGAUGAGUAUGAAACAAAUGCCAUAGAAGGGGAAAAUUUGUCUUUUGAGAUUCAAACCCGACCUCUAACCUAAAAUUUGCGCUUCUUUUUUUUUUUUUUUUUGUUUUUGUUUUGAAAAGGGUAUUAGUACUUUGUAAUCACAUGAAAAUUAC